GUUUCACUCAGUUUAUUGUGUUUUCCCUGGUUUUAAGAGAGAAUUGCAAGCUAAUUACAAGAGAGAUUUACUUGGUUUGGUUCCUAAAGCCUCUAACACAGAAUCACACCAUCCGGAUACUCACAGUGAUGAUGAUUCCACUGAAGUUUGGGAAGAGGGAAGAAUCAUCGAUGUUAUCGAUGAUAGGGUGAGUGUUUAGACAAUGAUAGCUUAAUAUCAAUCAUUCAAGCAUGUGUUGUAUCUGAUUCAUUAGCAUCUGGAAGACGAAUCUUUGAUUACGUUAUGGGUUCUUCAAGAAAAUCUAGUAUAAGUAAUGUUGUCUUUGUGGAGUUACUUGAAAUGUUUAGUGUAUUGGGUAGUGUUGAUGAUGCUCUUAGAGUGCUUGAGGAAAUGCCUGAACGAAAUUUGGAUUCUUGGAAUAAUGUGAUUAUGAGUUUUUGCUGAAAGUGGGAGAGCUGAAGAGGUUUUUAGCGUGUUUGAUGAGAUGAAGAAAAGUGGGUUUGAGCCGGAUGAGUUAACUUUUACAGGAGUUUUGCUUGGUUGCCAAAGCAUAGGAGCAUUGGCAGAAGGAAUAACAUAUUUGGAAUCAAUGGAGAAGGAUUAUGGGAUUACUCCUCUAUUGGAACACUAUGUAAUCAUUGUUGAGCUUCUUGGAACAUUGGGAAAGAUCGACGAAGCGGAGGCUUUUAUCAAUGUGGUAGUGCCAAGUGAAGAAAGUAACAUAUUGUGGGAGACUCUAAGAAAGUACUCUACAACUGGCUCAAAUCAAUCGACUGAUACGAGUUCUGCUGCAUCUGAUUCUGGUUUGAAUUGGAGAAAGAAGAAAUCAAAGAACAACCUGGGCUCGAAGCAAAACAGCGAGACUUCGUCAGUACCGAAAAUUCCCUUUGUUGCUUACAAAUUGUUUAAAAGAAUUCACAAUCUCAACAUGAAGGGGAAAAAAGAAACGGUAGUAACUUGGUCCCGGGCAUCUACCAUUAUACCCACAAUGGUCGGCCAUACCAUCGCUGUUCACAAUGGAAGGGAACAUUUGCCUAUUCAUAUCAUGGAGCGUAUGGUGGGUCACAAAUUGGGAGAAUUUGCGCCUACUCGUACUUACCGGGGACAUAGUGGAAAAACCAGAGAUGCUAAAUCCCGUAAAGGCUGAGUGACGAAACAAAGGAAGAUUGAUCUCAUUGGCAUACAUUUUGUAACCUAAGCGCUUGAAGCUAAAAAUACUGCAUCUUCUGAUUCUUCUCUGCAAUAUUUUGUUUAAGACUAGCUAGCAGACAGCAGUCCUUUGUACUUCUGUGUUCUUGUUGUUCUUCAUGGUAAAAUGUUUGACAAUCCAAGAUGUUACUUUGCUA